AGACUCAGUGCAAUUUAUGGUGGGACGUAUAUGCUUGACAAGGCGGUUGAUGAACUUGUCAUGGAAGACGGUAAAGUGGUUGGUGUGAGAUCUGGAAAAGACAUCGUCAAGGCGAAACAAGUUUAUUGCGAUCCAUCUUAUGUUCCUGAUCUUGUUGAAAAGAUUGGUCAGGUGGUGAGAUGUGUCUGCUUGUUGGAUCACCCAAUUCCGAACACGAUGGAUGCGACGUCUUGUCAAAUAAUCAUCCCACAGAAACAAGUUGGGCGCAAAUCCGACAUCUACGUGUCGCUAGUUUCGUACAGCUCGAGUGUUGCUCCAAAAGGAUGGUUUAUUGCUAUGGUCUCCACUACGGUGGAAACUGCGAAUCCCGAAGCUGAGAUAAAGUGUGGUUUGGAUCUUCUGGGUCCAAUCAAACAAAAGUUCGUCAUGGUGAGUGACGUUUACAAACCGAAGGACGACGGAAGAGAAAGUCAGAUAUUUGUUUCUCGUUCCUACGACGCGACGACUCAUUUUGAGACGACUUGCAGCGACGUUUUAGACAUUUUCCAGCGAGGAACUGGAGAAGCUUUUGACUUCUCUAAAGUCCGUCAUGACCAAGGGGAAGAUGCCGAAUGAAGCUUUAAGAAAAGAAAUGUUUGCUUGGAAAUGGAUUGUGAAUUCGCUUUUAGCAUGCUGAAGGUUGCCUGGCGACGAUUUCCCCCGGAAAUAUUUGUUGAUCGCACUCUUUCUCUUGUGAUUUGUUGGCAUUUUCUUUUUUUUUCCGCAAAAAAAAGGGAAUCAAAAUUUAUUUUCCUGUCGUGAUCUGUUCCUGAUGUCAUUGUGCUCUCCGAAGAUCUGUUGAACCAGGAAAAUCGUAUUCGAGCGCAAUUUUCAUUCGGUUGCAUUUUGCAGCUGUUGUAAAAUUGUAAAAGAAGCUAGAAAUUAUAUAUUCCUUUCGUUUUUCUCUUAAUUGUGACGCACUCUUGAGGGAUAAUGGGUUUUGAACACUGUGAUUUUGUUGGAUGACCAGUUUUUAAUUUCUGAGAACAUCUUGCAAGCAUUUAAUUUUUGGUUGUGAUGCGUUCAGAUGGAUCGAGUCUAUGGAACACCAGGCUGAGGAUCAAUUGUGCUUGCUUCCGUAUUGGCUUAUUUUGUUGUAUUCCUUCCGUUCUCGUCUUUUUGUAAAGUGCGAGCGAUUGUGAUGCUUGUAGAUGUGUACUGUGCUUAAAAACUUUGCCCCGAA